GCAGUAUUGUUUUUCUUCCUCUGGAGCUAGGUGGAAGUCAUUCACUAAACUUUUUUCUUAUCUAUGGCCGCUAUCGACAAAGUUCGCGUCCUUGUUGUUGGCGAUUCCGGCGUCGGGAAAACUUCUUUAACGCAUUUGAUUGCAAAAAAUGAGCCGCUUACUUCACCGGGUUGGACUGUUGGAUGUGCAGUCGAAGUGAAAUUACAUGAGUACAAAGAGGGUACACCGUCGCAAAACACAUUUUUCAUAGAACUGUGGGACGUGGGUGGUUCUAUCAGUCAUAAAAAUACACGUGGUGUUUUCUACAAUCCAACUCAUGGCAUCAUUCUUGUACAUGAUCUCACGAAUAAGAAAAGUCAGGAAAAUUUGCAACAAUGGUUAAUUGAAAUCCUGAACAAGGACGGAAAAGACGUUUUAAAAGGCGGUGAUACUAUCGAUAUCGAUCCAGAGCAGUUCCUUGGAUCUACACAGUUUAAAAAUUCCCAGAUACCCAUUCUAGUGAUUGGAACAAAGCUAGAUUUGCUAGACGAAAAUCACAAAAAUAAAAUACUCAAUAAAACAUCCGCCGGGAGUAUAGCGGAGCAAUGUGGAGCCGAUGAAAUAUGCUUAAACUGCCAUGAGGCAAGGAGUUUAGCAGCCGGAACAACUGAUGCAGUCAAACUGUCUCGAUUUUACGAUAAAGUUAUAGAACGAAAAUAUUCCAAUCGUGAAACCGGUAGGAAAUAUAUCUACAACGCACCUCCUUUUGGUACUUUUGGAGUACCUCCGGCAACCACAACCUUCUACAAUCAAUUGACCUCGGAAUCGGUUCCUUAA